AAUAAAAUGGAGGAAAGUUUCAUGUAAUAUAAAAGAAGAGAUUUUGUUGGUCCGGAAGAAGACUGUAAGGAAAUACACAAACUAAUUUCUUUGGAGGGAGGAGGUGGGAUUAGAAAUGACUUUUUGUUUUUAAAAUAUCUUUCUACUUUUUUUUAAGAGCAGGUAUUGAUUUUAUAGUAGGGAAAGAACUUUAGACACAAUGAAAUGGAGUAACCUUGUAAGGUUUACCAGUUGUGCUGUUUGUACUUAAAUUGCACUAAGAUUUAUGUGUGCAAUUCACAAAAAGCCAAACCAACAAAUAAAACACAGUGAUUGCAGAGUCCUCUGAGAAAUCUUUUUCCAAAAAUGGUACUGUCAUAUAUCUAUUCAAGGUACUUGUAAAGAAACUGCUCAUUGAACCCACCUCAGCUGAUACAGAAUCAUGAUCGGCUAUUACCAUGGCCCAUGAUUUGUGGGUGCAGAGGGAGUCAGUAAUAAAAGGCUUACAGCACAUCCUCCUUUGAAACAAUUUCCCAAGGGCAGAUCAAACUUGUUUGUCCCCCUCCCACCAAAAAGUUGAGGAUGUGAAACUCCUCAAACAUUAAAAAAAUUUUAAAAAAGACAAAAAUCUCACCAUAGAGGGCUAAAAUUAGUGUAGGUAAAUCUGAAUGUUGAUUGACGACACUAUUUAGGACAGAUGAUACAGCAGCAAUGGGAAAACAUCUUUGACGAGUCUCUGUCUUUUUUUGCCUUGACCUCAUUAUGUAUUUUGGAAGAAUCAAGAUUGGACCUUGCUCAAAGGCGCUUGCAGACCAAAGAUGUCCGUCUCUUUCCUUAGUCGACCGGACCUUCCAAACUUGGCUUAUAAGAGGCUAAAAGGCAAAAGUCCAGGAAUUAUCUUCAUCCCUGGCUAUAUUUCUAAUAUGAAUGGUACAAAAGCGUUGGCGAUUGAGGAUUUUUGUAAAUCUCUAGGUCACGCCUAUAUAAGGUUCGAUUACUCAGGAGUUGGAAAUUCAGAUGGUAACUUCCAAGAAUGCACAGUGGGAAGAUGGAGAAAAGAUGUUCUUUCUAUAAUUGAUGACGUAGCUGUAGGACCACAGAUACUAGUUGGAUCUAGCCUCGGUGGAUGGCUUAUGCUUCAUGCUGCAAUCGCACGGCCGCAGAAGGUUGUCGCCCUUAUUGGUGUAGCUACAGCUGUAGAUAGCCUAGUGACACAGUUUAAUCAGCUUCCUGUUGAGGUAAAAAAGGAAAUAGAGAUGAAAGGCGUGUGGAGCAUGCCAUCCAAGUACAGUGAGGAAGGGGUGUAUCACGUUCAGUACAGUUUCAUCAAGGAGGCUGAGCACCACUGUUUGCUGCACAGCCCCAUUCCUGUGAGCUGCCCUAUCAGGUUGCUCCACGGCAUGAGGGACGACCUCAUCCCCUGGCACACGUCUGUGCAGGUUGCUGACCGAGUCGUCAGCACAGAUGUGGAUGUCAUCCUCCGAAAACACAGUGAUCACCGAAUGAAGGAAAAAGAAGACAUUCAGCUUCUUGUGUACACUAUUGAUGACUUAAUUGAUAAGCUUUCAACUGAAGUUAACUAGAAUCACAUUUUUAGUUGGUAUGUAGACUAAUGGACCCAGAAGAUUGCAAGAGGAUAACAAAUGAAAGACCCUGAUACUUAAAAAGUUUUUUCCUCUUAUCUCUAUUUUGUAAAUAUCACGUGAGUAUUUAUUUAAUGAUGUAUUUGCACAAGUGAUACAAAUUGUGAAGAAAGGACCAGCUGCUGUUUGGAAAAUUUUCUCCUGCCUUCGAUCUUUGAUUUUUUUUUUCAUUAAAAUAUUUCCUAUUUUUUUAUUCAGGAGAUGUUUACCUUCUAAUGCUUAUGUUAACCAUGCCAGCUCUUACUUAUGUUCUCUUCUACUUAGAAUUGUUAAUAAAGCUGGAAUUUUUUGUUU